AUGUGGCGCCGGUCCAACAUAUUUUCAUGUUGUUUGCACUCGUUGUUUCAUUUUAUGAAGAGGAUUGCAACUGUACUUUGCAAAACAGCACAGCCCUACUUUUCAGACCGUAGCUACCAAUGCUACCAUUGCUUGCACAGAAAAGAGCAGAUUGAGAAAGUGUUUCGCUUGAGUUUUUGUGACAUGCCCAUACACACCCCGCUUGAAUUUGAUGGCAAGGUUGCAUUCAAUGAAGUAAACUUACAGGAUUUGCCAGCAUGCAAAGCUAAUUUUGCACCAAUGAUUAUGCUCAGAAUUGCAGAGAGUAGAACUCAGAAACUAAGCCGAUGCAGUUCCGGAAUAUAUAGAUCCCGCCAGGAGUCCGAGGCCGCACAUGGCGAGCGCGCGUGA